GUUUUGCUAAAUAAAAACCAAUGGCCUCGCCAAAUGAUAAAAACAGAGGUCUUGGUGAAACCACCUCAAGAUCUCCCACUAGUGGUCAAUGUAGUAGUAACGAUGUCUCUGAUCAGCCGAGUACAAAUGAAUUCAGCAUCACAAAUCCGUUUGAGAAUCAUAACUCGAUUGAUAGCCUGCUACAACCGUCGUUCAGUCCGUCCGUGUUUCGCAUGAACGUUACCUCGGAAACAGAUUCACAAAAAACUCCUAAAAGUUUUUGGAAUAUUGAUCAAAUCGCAGUUUUAAAACCAAUGGAUUUCGAUCUCUCCUCUUUACAUAACCAGCAAGAUUUUUUACGACUCGACCCAGCGAGCGAACGCCGUGCCCAACAAGCCAUUGAUGAAUUUUUCGCAAGCCACAUUGAGCUUCCAAGUCCCUGGUCUGGUGAUCGUUCAAAAAAUCAACAUCUCCUUGCUCUUAUUUCCCCCUCCCCGGCACAAAUGAAGAAAAAAGUUAAUCUGAUGACACCGUGUGGUACAGUGAAGCCAGGAUGUUCAUCAUCGUCCGCAGCGUCAUCCCUUUCAUCCUCCUCGCAGAUCAGAGUUCGGAAAUUUUUAGCGAACAAUGGCAAGUAUGCUACCAGUUGUGGUAAAAAUGUAAAAGACGAGGAUGUCUUCACAGAAAAACUUAUCAAAACAUCAGUCGAAGCAAAAAACGUUUCUACGCAAACGACUUUGACCUUGCCAAAAAAUUUCGACCUUGAAGCGAUAUUAGGACAAUAUUACACUCACGAAGAAAAGACUGAAAAUACAAGUGAGAUACUAAACAACACUUCUUUACGUAGAAAAUUAUUUUUUCCUGAUGGUCGUGAAGUCGACACAAGAGAUAAACACGGAGAAAUAAAUAUCAACAUGCUCCAACAUAUCGAUGACAUCAAUGACCUUGAACAAUUCGCUGAAUCACCUGUUCCGCUUCACAAAAUUCAGCCGAGUAAUAAUAAUAUGACUCCUUUGACACAUCCAACGCAUGGAGACAUAUCUCGAACUCCGAGUACAUGUCAGUCACAUUUUUCGUCUAGUCCGUUACUGAGUGGAGUGGGAUUCGAUCCCAAGACCCCAUGCUCCGCAAAAUCCAGUAGACCAAGAUUUGGAAGCGGCGUUCGACGGCGAAAAAUGCUUCUCGGCAGCAGCGAGGAUGAAGAAUUAAUGAAAAUACAAAUGCAUGAGCUUGAUUCGCCAGAAUUAUCUCCAGUCAAGUGUGAUGAUUUUCUCAACGAUAUGCCGCAAAGUGAAAUAUUAUCUGCGAAUAAUGAAAAUACAUUAGAAGACGCAUCAAUGUCUUUUAACGUUUCCGGAAUGUUAGGUGAAAAGUCGAGCCAUAAGAUAGCGCUAGAGGGUCAUAGCCAUCCCCCUCCAGCUAUGGAGUCUAGUCGGAGGCAAUUAUUACUGGACAGUCCACCAUUGUCCCCAAUUCAACCAAUCGAUCAUAAACCUCAUUUGAAAAAGUCAUCUUCGACGAAUCAAAUAAACUCGAGUAACUGGCUGAAUGUUCGUGAACAAAGUAGACAACUUUGCCCCUCACCUAUGCUCUCCCCAAUUCCUUGCAAACACUUGGAUAAAAACACAAAACUUAACACUUUGGGAAUCAAAAUUGACGAAACCUCAAUGCUAUCGUCGACAGCUACACGUCCUAAUUUGCCGUCAAUUUCAGAUGAUUUUAGUCUUGCGAAAAGCGCGAUUGAUUUUGGACUCUCGACUUCAAAAACGCCACCUUCAGCGAAGAAAUCUGUCAAUUUCGACAACAUGGAAAAUUCUGAAAUUAAAUCAGACGCAGAAAGUAAUAAAGAGAAUAUUCUACCUUCCAGUAUGGCCUGUUCAUCCAUGGUUAUGAUAGAAAACGAAAACUUGAAUUUGGAAAACACGAACGAGGACAUCUCUAUGAUUUUAGACCAAACAUCUUGUAACCAAGACUUGUGCAAUGACGAUAUUCAAAUGCAAUUUGAAAAACACAGUACCUCAGUUUUAUAUUGCAGUCAGGGAUUCUCGAGUUCGAAUCCCAUUUCAGCUGGUUGCAGUCGUAUCCAGCCCACAGAUUCAUCUGAUCAAUUACAUCCAGGUAACUUGGAUAUGAAACCAACAAAGAUGGAUACAAUUAGUCCAAAAAAAUUGUUUCUACCAAAAUCAUGCAACACUAGUGGCAUUGAGACAUCAGUUCCUGGCAUUAUGGAUGUGUCAAUGCCACAAAUUCAAUGCCAUGCCUUUGAUGACACAACAAGCUCUCAGCACCCUACUCAAGGAGACAGUGGGUAUUCAACAACACAAAGCAAUUACCAAGCAAUACUGUGAAAGUCAGAAAUUUUUUUAUUGAAAUUUCAUUUUUCUUUAUUUCGUGUCAUUUCUAUAUCCAGGGCUGUGAAGUUGUGAAAACCCCCUCUCCAAUAGUGGGAUUCAGAAGUGUGAAUUCAUUUUUGAAAUGGUAUGUUAAUCAGCGUACCUGCUCUUGUAAUUUGGAGCUCUAGUUGGGCAUACAUUUUCUGAAUUGAGGGACCUGUUGUUAGUGAGUUAAAUACAAAAGAGGACAGGUUCUAAAAAUUAUGAUUUCCAUCAUGUGUACUCUCUCUAAAAAGCUUCUAACUCUAGGUUGUUUUGACUCUAAAUUUCAUAUGGAAAAUUUUCAUUCUAAGCAAUUGAAACAGGGAAAUUUUAAACGGGAGCUUUCAAGAUUUUGUUGCACUAAAAUUCUGUGAAAUAAUCUUAUCAACAAGCAAUGAAACUAGGAAAAACGGGGAGUUUUCUGUGGAAAGUAAAAUAAGUUUUGCGCCUGUUAUUGUGCCCCCUUCCCCCCCUUUCCAACUGUUCUGUGGCCCCCGUUUAGGAACCGCUGCAAUAGGAUUAUCGCCUAUCAGUAAAUCAACUAUAGUCUGAUUAUUUUUAGCCGUCCCUGGUGCCAAUAUACAUACACACUUUGAUAUAAAAUUUACACUGUUUAUUUUCUGUAGCUAUAUCUGAGAUUCUUAUCUGAAUCGCUGUUAUAUUUCUUAUUUUCUUUAUGUCUGUGAUAUGUGUCUCGAUUACACAUUUUAUAUGAGCUGUCAGUAGGCUUUACAUGAACAGUUACUGAUAUGCAAGAAGAUCCUAUUUCACAUCAUAUCUAAGAUUUGUAGAAAGAGCUAGUCUGCUAGUUCCUUGCUAUGAACAGAUGUAAACUUUCAAAUUUGUUGAGUCACUCUACUGACUUUCUUAUUAAUACCACUUCUUAAACAUGCUGAAUUAUUGACAAUUGAGAAAAAAAAUAGAAUCUUAGUCUACUUGUCAUAGGGAAAAGCGUUAUUUAUGAAUAUGUUUUAUUUAUUUGUCAGCUUUCCCUUUUGAAUGAAUAUAUUAUCCUAUCAUAGUUUCAUUUUGUAAUUUCAACAUUUUCUAUUACAAUGCAAUUUCCUUAGAGUCUACUUCAGCACAUUCUGAUUUCAUCUUUGGGAUUCAUUGGAGCGUGUCUGGCCAGAAUAUUUCUUUUGUUUGAGUUAGAACUGUGGUAAAGCAGACCAGACCCUUAAUUCUUUCAAGGGCUGUUCUUUUGUAUGACCACUGCAUUUGUGAACAAUUGUAAAUUAAUUCCCCCAAAGCAAGGCCGGGCUUUUUAAUAAAAGUGGGAAGAGUACCAAUAGAGGAUUUGAAUGCAACCAUCGAAAUGCUAUGUGCCCUUAUAGGUUUGCUCAUGGCAGGGAAUUCCUUUCUGGCCAGGAAACUCCGGGUUUGGAAGCUAUGGAAGCGUAGACUUACCGUAUUUAUUAGAGUAUAACACCCAUAAAUCUGUACUGAUUUUCAAUCAAAAAUUAAGGGUUAUAUACAAAAAAUGAAUAUGAAGUCAGAUAAAAUAAUCAUAAUAAUUAUACCUAUUUUCAAUCAAAAAUUAUUACAGCGCGUUAUACUCGAAUAAAUACGGUAUGUCUAAAUUUGUAGCUCACAACUUCACAUGUAAAAUUUUUUUGCAAAAGACACUAUUCCUUAUUUUUUCAUGUUUCAAUAUUGUGUUAUAUUAUCUCUUCAGA